AGUGGUCACUGACGGAGCCAACAACAUGGCCGCACGCUCAUUGACUCGGCCGUUGCGGUCUGUCGUGACGGCUGCAAGAGAGGAUGUGCGGACGGGCGCGGUGCGGAGGUGCUUUGCGAGUUCAGCAAGACGAAGGGGAGAAGGAGACCUUUCCUCGGCGGACAAGGGCAGUCUGCCCGUGAGCGAUACCAGUGAUCUACCGAACAUGCGACACGCACAGAGAGGGCCGCAGGGCAGACUUCACGCGCCAAUUGUCAACCCAGCAGACAAAUUCGUAGAGCAAGGAAAGUCGCUACACCAGUACGGACAGUAUCUACUGUCAUGUCUGCCAAAGUACAUCCAACAAUUCUCCGUAUGGAAGGACGAGCUCACCAUCUUCAUCCCGCCCUCUGGCGUCAUUCCCGUGUUCACCUUCCUCAAGUACCACACCGCCGCCGAAUUCACAUCGGUCAUGGACAUAACGUGCGUUGACUACCCUACCCGGGAUCAACGCUUUGAGGUCGUCUACAACAUGCUCUCCGUUCGCCACAACAGCCGUAUCCGGGUGAAGACGUACGCCGAUGAAGCGGCACCCGUACCCAGCAUCACCAGCUUGUAUGACGGUGCAAACUGGUACGAGCGCGAAGUUUACGAUCUUUUCGGUGUUUUCUUCGUGAACCAUCCGGAUCUGCGGCGAAUUAUGACCGACUAUGGCUUCGACGGCCAUCCUCUCCGGAAGGAUUUCCCCAUGACUGGCUACACUGAGAUCAGAUACGAUGAGGAGAAGAAGCGAAUCGUGGUCGAGCCGCUAGAGCUCACCCAAGCAUUCCGUAACUUCGAGGGUGGUACGGCUGCCUGGGAGCAAGUGGGUCCUGGCCAUGACCGAAAACCUGACACAAUGAAGCUGCCAACGCCCAAGCCCGAGCCGAAGAAGGAAGAGGAGAAGAAGAAGUAAACGGGUGCCCCUUCACCGAAUGGGGGUAACGUGGCGU